UCAGGCCACCCCUGGUCAUUCGUGUAGCCGUCAACAUGUCAUUGACAGCAGUCUCGUUUCCCGAUUCAGGCACCGAGAUUCAGCGUUAGAUUCACGAUUCAUCAGGAUGCUAUGCGAGCUCAGGCUUCAGGGGAAAUCCACACAGGUAAAUCCACGCAGCCGUACAACCGGCGGCGUAGCCUUCAGAAGCGUCGGCGUGUUGGCGUACCAGACGCCAUGAUCCACCGCAAUCCUCCAGACGAGAAGCCGCCUUGCGCUCGUUUUUCCACGUCGUUGAUUUGAUUCGCAUUGUCAGUGUGAAAUCGAUCACUUCCAUAGCGUAGCGUUCAGAAUCCCGCGCAGCGCAUCAAGAGUUCCGCGCAGCGCAUCCAGAGUUCCGCGCACCGCAUCCAGAGUUCCGUGCAGCGCAUCCAGAAUCCCGUUUAGAACGCCCGAAAUCUCGUUGUACUUCAGCACGUCCGAGUCGGCGACCAACUCGCCUCAGAGUCCUCCGCAGCGUCGAAGGCGUCUCAUCACCAUGUCGCGUGGAUUCUCCUCCCCAUCCAUGCGAUACUAGUCUAGUUUUGAGGAGUCUCAAAACUAAACUAAUUUCACACCUGCAGCGUCGAGAGCGUCUCGAGAGCGUCUCAUCACCAUGGCCCGUCGAUUCACCUACACAUCCAUCCCGACCUCCCUGCGCUUGCCCACCAUUUCCUCUCCUGUUGUCUCAACCGCCAAAUCAGCAGUCUCUCGACUCACAUCCCUCGUUAUAGUCAUCUCCGUUAUAUCAUCCUCGCCCCGCCUGCAACUGAAUCUCUGGACCUCAAAAACCGCCUCGGGAUUCCGUUCUUUCACUCACCUGAAAGCCCCUUCGUUGCUGUCACAUUCUGAUAAGCCGUCAUCCGUUCGUGCCUAUGGCGGGGGUGGCGUUCAACUGAUGGCGGAGGCGUGGAGUUUCAAGGAGAAUCCUCUUGAAAGCGGCAAGCACCCGCGCAUGGUUACCCUGUUCUCCGUGGAAUGCGGGCCCUACUUCGACUGGCAGACCGUGGGGCUCAUGCACAGCUACAGGCGCAGCAGGCAGCCGGGCCCCAUCACUCGGCUUCUGAGCUGCACCGAGGAGCAGCUGAGCACUUACCCCAACAUGGACCUCGCUCCCACGCACACUGUGCCGUCGAUGACCGUCAACCCCAAGACCGGCGAGUGGUAUUCAGCCAUCAAUAAGCCCUACGGGGUACUUCACUGGGUGCAGAACAGCCCGCAGGCGCAGCAGGUGGAGUGGGUGGUCAUUCUCGACGCCGACAUGGUCAUCAGAGGGCCCAUCACACCAUGGGAUGUCAAAGCAGAAAAGGGAAAGCCCGUGGCUGCAUACUAUGGCUACCUGAUCGGCUGUGACAACAUUCUGGCCCAGCUGCACACUAAACACCCCGAGCUGUGCCCCAAAGUGGGUGGCUUUAUCGUGAUGCAUAUCGACGACCUAAGGCGGUUCGCCCCGCUCUGGCUCAGCAAGACGCAGGAGGUGCGAGCAGACAAGGCGCAGUAUGCGCGGAACAUCACAGGAGACGUUUACUCGUCUGGAUGGAUCAGCGAGAUGUACGGCUACUCGUUCGGCGCCGCUGAUGCCGGCUUGCACCACCAAGUCGAUCAGACAACCAUGCUCUACCCGGGGUACAUCCCCUUGAAGGGAGUGGAGCCCCGCCUGCUGCACUACGGGCUGAAAUUCUCUGUGGGCAACUGGAGCUUUGGCAAGUCGGAGCACCGGGCGGACCGGAUCGUGAACGAGUGCAACCGGCUGUUCGACGCUCCGCCCUUCCCCUCUGAGAUCAUUGAGCUCAACAAAGAGAAGAAGCGGGGCCUUCUAUUGAGUAUAGAUUGUAUCAACACAAUCAACGAGGGCCUUAUCAUUCAUCACGCCACCCACGGCUGCCCCAAUCCAGCCCCCUCCCCCUACCGCUCCUUCCUCCUCGCCAGCAUCCAGUCCUCGCUGGGGCCUGCAGCUUCCACCCGCUCCUCCUCCUCCCAGAAGGCCAAGGGUGGCAUGCUAAGAGGGGGGCAGAGAGGAAUGAGUAAUGUUGGCGAUAACAGUAUCCCCAGCGGCAGCCGCACCAGCAGCACCAGCACCAGCAGCGCUACUGUUGGUGAUGCUGUUAGCAGGGGAAUGUCAAGGGGAGUGAAGGCAGAAGGGGACGGCAAGAGGGUAGAGGGGGGAGAGCUUGUGAGCAGCAAAGGUCGCUUGGCUCCAAGCCAGGUGGGGGAGAGGGGAAUGGGUGAUAGUGGAGAGCGGAAGAGUGGAAAGGGAGAGAGUGGGAAGGGAGGGAGUGGGAAGGGGCGGAGUGGGGUGGAAGGGGAAGGGGGUGAAGGGAGGGCAGCAGAGGAGGUGCAAGAGAGUACAGAGGAGCGGGUAGUGGGGGACGUGGAGAAGGAGACAGGGGUGGGAUUCUGGGGUGACGAUGGGGAUGAGGGCAAGGAAGGGAGUCUCGGAGCACCAGCGUUGCAAGGAGGGGGCGGAAGGGGGAACGGCGAGGGGAAAGGCGAACAAGAGGAGGGCCAAAGGCAACAAGGGAAGGGCCAAAGGCAACACGGGGAGAGCACGGAGCAGCAGAGAGCGGGCACCAAAGGCGGUAACAGGGGAAGAGGCGGAAUUGGAGAUGACAAGUCUCCUCCUCUUGCAAACACCCGUGAGAAGCUGCACCAAUGGAUGGAGAACUGGCGAAAAAAAACACACUCCCUCCUCCCCUCCACCUUCCAAGACCCCUCCCUCCUCCCGACCCUCGAGCUCGACUCCCCUCCUCCCCUCCCUCUCCCGCUGCCGAACCUGGGUCCGGACCUACCUGUCGAUCCGGCUCGGGAUCCGAACCUGUGGCAGCCGUUUCAUGUGAAGGGAACGCCGAGAAUGGUUACGCUUUUCUCGGGCGAGUGCACGGCGUACUUCGAUUGGCAGACGCUCGGGCUGAUGUACAGCUUUCGGCGCAGCGGGCAGCCCGGAAAACUUGUGCGGCUGCUGGCUUGUAACGAGGAUAUGCUUAAGGAGUAUAGAGGGCUGGACCUGGCGCCGACUAUGGUGGUACCCAAUUGGGAUCACGACCCCCACAACGGUGACUGGUAUUCCGCCAUCAACAAGCCAGUUGGGGUCAAGUACUGGCUUGACAACAGCCCCGAUGCGCAAGCAGUGGAUUUUGUCCUCAUCCUGGACGCGGAUCAGAUUCUCCGCCGCCCCAUCAUGCCCUGGGAGCUAGGCGCCGAGCGAGGCCGCCCGGUUUCUGCCGACUAUGGCUACCUGAUAGGGUGCGACAACAUCCUCGGCUCAUUACACAUGAAGCGCCCCAACUACCUGAUAGGGUGCGACAACAUCCUCGGCUCAUUACACAUGAAGCGCCCCAAGUACUGUGACAAGGUGGGGGGAUACAUCGCCAUCCACAUCGACGACCUGCGCCUGCUGGCCCCAAGAUGGAUCGCCAAGACAGAGGAGGUGCGUGCCGACAAGGCGCACUACGCCACCAACAUCACAGGGGAUGUGUACGGGCAGGGGUGGAUCAGCGAGAUGUACGGCUACUCGUUCGGGGCCUCUGAUGCCAACCUGCACCACGUGGUGAUCGACAACAUCAUGCUGUACCCUGGCUACCCCCCCGUGCCCAACGUGGACCCGCGUCUCUUCCACUACGGGCUCGAGGUGAAGGUGCUCGAGUACAUGUGGGACAAGUCGCGCUUCCGAGACACCCCCCUCGCUCUCACCUGCGGUUUGCACUUCCCCGACCCUCCUGAUGUUACGGAUCUCCCCCCGUUACCCACGAUUGGUUCAGUUUCUGCUGGUGGUGCUGGCGGUAUUGGUUCUGCUGCUGGUGCUGGUGGUGGUGGUAAGGGGGGGAUUGGCGGUUUUAUCACGAGUUUCAUGGGAGGAGGAGGGGAGGAUGCGGAGAAGAAACUAAGGGAGCUGGUGGAGGAGAGGAGGAAGGAUUUCAUAGUGAUUGAGUGCAUUGCGGUGCUCAACAGGGCUUUAAGAGAGUACCACCGGCUGAAGCUUGGGUGCCCUGGUUCGGGUGAGAAAGACGUCGGAGUUAUGGAUUUAACUGGAGCGUCUUAUAUCGAGACGGGGAGCGGGGAGGGGGGUGUGAGGGAGCUUCGAGCGGAUGUGUGGGCGAGUGUGAGAGAUAUUGGAGGAGGGGUGGAGGUGGAGGAGGUGGGAGUGGGGAGUAGUAAGAAGGGAAAGAGUGAUGUGGAAAGAGUGGGGAGGUUUGUGGUUGAGAGUGUGGAGGUGAGGGAGAGGGGAGGGCUGGAGAGAGGGCUGGUGGUGGGGGUGGAGAUGGCAGAAGGGGAGAGGGAGAGGAUGGGGGAGAGGAUGAUUGGAAGCAGCAAGGAGCAGCAGGGGCAGCAGGAGCAGCAGCAAGGAGAGGGCCAGUUAAGGGAAGGGAAGUCGGCUAGAGAGCAGCAAGGAGGGUCGGGUACAGAGGAGGCGAGUAAAUUGGAAGGCAGCAGCGGAAUCAAGGCACAAGGCGGCAGGAUUCAACAGAUGCGAGGGUUCUUACAUGGCAGGCGGUCAUUGGUCGGUGGGGAUCUCAGUUCAGCAGGAGAUAGAGCAGGAGUUGGGGAAGGGGGAGCAGAGGGCACACGGGGAGGAGUCGAUUGGGUGAUGUGGCUGGGGCGGUACAAGAAAUGGCUUGCGGUGCCUUGGGUGGUGGCUGGGGUGUUGUUGCUGCUGGUGGUGACUAGGAGGAGGCAGAGGAAGAGGAGGGAGGGGAAGGCGAUGAGAGAGGCGCGGCGACAAGAGAGGAGGGCGAGGAAAAAGCGGCUGGAGAAAAUCCCCAAAGAUGCAAUGGACUAGAAUGCAAUGUAAGCAACUCCUGCGGUUUUGGUGUAUGCUGUGGGGGCUCAACAAACCUCCCCCAGCGAAAAAAAGGCGUGAUUGAAAUAAACAAGGAGUCCCUAAAGUGGUAAUCAGUGCAACAAACCUUGAACCUUGCAUGCAACCGGUCGUGGAGCUGGGUGUACCAUCUGAACCACAUGUAUCUUUGAGGUUGAAUGCUCCAAAGCCUUUCAUUGAUGUUCCAGCUGUCUGUUUCCCUUUAAAUCGACCAUGUUCUACCCGCAGGAUUCAAGAAAUUUAAGCUUGAAGUGGCUCGCAGGUGGUGUUUUUGUGGGCUGUAAAUCAACAACCUAUUUUAUGGUGUCUAACGUGGCUUUGAAACAAAACUAUUGUAGCAAGCGUAUUCGUUUCUAGCAUGCUUCGGUAACGUGCCCUCCAUGACAAGCUCUGACAAUAACGGCAGCUAGGUUGGUUGGUGAUCCUAGUUGCUCGGUGAAAUUCUUCAGGCUUGGUUGAAAUCUUGUGUCGCGAGGCCAGAAGGCCAGCUAGUUACCACCGUGUUAAACCACUGUAUGUACCCUCUUCACCGUAUUAAGCUGCCUCCACCUUCUGUCAAGCAAGUUUCAGCAGGAUUAGUACGUGUAGUAGGUUCCUAGCCAAACCAAGUUCUGUGUUUUUGGAAUACUAACCUAAGCCUCUUCCUUAUUGUCUAGACGACCACCACGCUCGUCAGAACCUUGCUGUUUUCGUGACCUCACUCCCGGUUGAAGCGUGCGUGCCUAACGGCAGACGCGUCCUGCAGAGAGGAGGGUUCCGUGGUUCUCUUACUCAUCACUCUCCGUGCAUCAGGUACCCAUUGU